UCGGCGCUGGCGCGUUUGUUUUUGCCGCCAUGCGGUUUAGAGCCAGGGUCGUGGACAUCGGGUGCCUCAACCAUUUCACUCGUGUGAUAAAUACGAUUGCCAAGCUAGCCAAGACCUGCACCCUUCGCCUCACAGUGGACAAACUUUACUUCAUCCUCAAUGACAAAGUGGCAAAUGGAGGUGUUAGCAUGUGGUGUGAGCUCAGCCAGGGGAACUUCUUUGAUGAGUUCCAGAUGGAAGGAGUCGCUGCAGAAAGCAAUGAAAUUUACUUAGAGCUGACCUCCGAAAACUUCUCCAGGGCGUUAAAAACGGCACAGAAUGCCAAGACAGUGAAAAUCAAGUUGACAAAUAAGCAGUGCCCUUGCCUCACAGUAGCCGUGGAACUGCCGUCAUUGUCUAGCAGUAGCCGCAUUGUGACUCACGAUAUUCCUGUGGGGGUUAUCCCGAGAAAGCUGUGGAAUGACUUCAGAGAGCCCAGUGUGCCAGACUUUGAUGUCAGCAUUUAUUUGCCUGUGCUGAAGACCAUGAAGAGUGUGGUGGAGAGAAUGAAAAACCUCAGCAAUUCUAUAGUAAUAGAAGCAAAUCUAAAUGGAGAAAUGAACUUGAAAAUAGAAACUGAUCUGGUGUGUGUUACAACUCACUUUAAAGACCUUGGGAAUCCUCCUUGGGUAUCCGAGGAUGGCUCUCAGAACUCUACCCAAGAACGGGACCCUGAAAGCAUGGCUGAGGCACGCAUCGACAUUAAGAGGCUCCUCCAGUUGCUUGCAGGGCAGCAAGUGAAUCCCACCAAAGCCCUGUGUAAUAUUGUAAGCCAAAGGAUUGUUCAUUUCGUCUUGCUCCACGAUGAUGUUUCCCUUCAAUAUUUCAUUCCAGCCCUUGUAUGAAUCGACUCGCCCUCUGUCCUGCCCAGCUCGCCAUGCCGACGAUGUGCUGAAACAGGCACAAGAGGGGGGAAGGAGAUUUGCUCGCUGUCUUUCUUAAAAUCCACUUUCUAACCCUUUUCUAUGUACAGAAAUAUAUAUUUAUAAGCACCUUAUUUUUUUGGAGAAUAGAAUUUAAGUUAAAACCCCUAUGUAUUUUUAUUGGACUGUGUAUUUUAUUAAAGAAAUAACCCCGUAA